AUGAAGGCUUCUACAAUACUUGUCGUCUCGGCUGCUGCUGUCGUUGUUGUCAAUGCCGAAAGCUACAGUGAAGCGGACCAAGCCAUCUGGAUCGACCGCCACAACUACUUUCGCACAACGGGUUUGCCAUGGUCAGCCGGCAACAUGCGUCGCAUUGGAUGGGAUGCUGCCCUUGCUACUAAGGCUGCUUCGACUGCAGCCACGUGCUCGGCUACUUGCGGAAACGGUAUUAACGCGUUUCAGACGUCGUCAACCAACGCGUCGUCGGCCAUCGAUGAGGCAAUUCAGCAGUGGGUGGUGGAAACAGGCGUGUCGACGAUCAAUACAAUGACACAGCCCGGUUCCAGCGGACUGGAUGUGGGCGUAGGCUACUACAACUCGUACUCACAGAUACUCUGGGCGGAAACAACUAGUGUCGGUUGUGCGACAGCAACCUGCUCAGGGGGAGAGUUGGUGGUAUGUGAGUAUUCCCCUGCAGGAAACGACGGAAAGUCGCCGUGGUACAGCCACGCGUCCCAAGCAUCUGAAUGCCCCGACGGAACAGUGGCGUCCGGUGAUCUGUGUAUCGAAGAGGGCAACGAUGCCAACAACCUGAUCGCCGCGAUCCCAGAAGGCAAACACACCUACCAGAAAUAUCCAGCUUUUGUCGCGGAUAUCCAGACGAUUCUAAUAAAUGCUGCAAGAGAUAUCGCCAACGGCUCCAAUCCGCCGACGGCACAGUCAAGCCUCUCGACGUCGCCUACACCCGCACCAGAGGCAACCACAUCAACCCCCUCUAAGAAAACCACAGCAUCGACGUCACAGACGAGUUCUUCUGUCUCCAGUGACGACAGUUCUUCGUCGGAAUCCUCAACAAAACAAGAAACACCGAAGAAGGCGACCGACACAAAGUUGUCGACUGAGGUCUCAUCUGCGUCACAGGUAACGCAAGACGAUGAACAAGGCCCAGGAACAGUCAAGGCGAGCUCGGAAACCGGUUCAACUUUUCAAAACGAGCCUGACACGUCUGCAACGAAGACAAGUACAUCAGAAGGCACCACCACUAAGGAGAAGACGGAAUCUCUGACCACUAGUACCGAGGAGGGAGGAGGAGCCUCGAACGGCAUGACCACGCUCGGUAUGGUCAGUAUGUUCAUUCUGGGCAUUGCAGCCGUGGCUGGUAUCGUUAUGUUCGUGCACUUCAGAGCGUCAACAAAGCGCCAGAAUGAUAUUCUUCUGGAUGGCGGCGUCCGUCAUUAA